AUGUGUCUUCGCAAAGACAACAAUUUUAAUGGAGUGCUUCCCCCCAGCCCGCUCAAAUCCCUGGCGGCUGUUUGUUUUCUGCGCUGUGGUCGGAUUGUACCGACUCAUGUCCGGUCGAGUCCAUUUGAAACGCGGAUUUCGUUUUCUUUCAAUCAGGGAAUCAAAGCACGGGACGCCCUGCACGAAUACCUGGAAACUGCGAUCAGAGAGAAGCUGCAGGCAAACCGUCUGGCUCCUCAGCCUGACGCUCUGACCUUAAUGCUGCACAGUGCCCGGGAAAAUGGGAAGGAGUUAAACCUCCAGGAGCUGAAGGAAGCUGCUGUCGAGCUGAUCUUCGCUGCUUUCUCCACGACGGCGAGUGCCUGCACGUCCAUGGUGCUGCUGCUUCUGCAACACUCCGAGGCGCUGGACAAGGUGAGGCAGGAGCUGGACCAGCACGGUCUGCUGGCUCAGUGUCAGUGUCCCCAGGACUGGCCGCUCUCCCUCCACACGCCCUCAACUCCCGACAACAACAGCGCUCAGCACCGAAUGGGAACCCAAGCCAAUCGGCCGGGAGCUGAAGGCUGCCCUCCUCCUUUCACCCGAGAGAAUGUAACCCGGGACAGCAGCUCCAUGGGUGAUAACAUGUGCCACCGCAUGGAGCAUGCCAGCGCAAUGCCAGGAGGAAUCUGCUCCCAGUCCCUGAUGGAACCUGGAGCCUGGCACUUUCCGGAAACCAUGCCAGGCCAGGGCACCGUGCCAGAGAGAGAGGCUCCAGACUGUGAGUGCCAGCCCCUCCUGAGGUUGGAUACCCUCAGCCGCCUGCGUUACCUGGACUGUGUGGUCAAGGAGGUGCUAAGGCUAUUGCCACCUGUCUCAGGGGGCUACAGGACAGCAUUACAGACCUUCGAACUGAAUGGAUGUCAGAUUCCCAAAGGGUGGAAUAUUAUCUACAGCAUUCGUGACACACAAGAAACGGCAGCCGUCUACCUGAACCCUGACACUUUCGAUCCUGAUCGCUUUGGACCGGAGCGGGAUGAGAGCAAAGCGGGAAGGUUUAAUUAUUUACCUUUCGGAGGGGGCGUUCGGAGCUGCGUCGGCAAAGAACUGGCGCAAGUGAUCCUCAAAACGCUGGCGGUCGAACUGAGCAGCGCCGCGAGUUGGCAGCUGGCUAGUGCCACCUACCCCAAGAUGCAAACUGUCCCGGUUGUGCACCCUGUCGACGGGCUGAAGGUUUGCUUUCAUCGCCUGGAUGGCAAGGGAAAGAAAGCGCCCAUCAGGAAAUGACAAAUAAAAAGACAAAACGAGGUGCGUUGCUGUUUAUGGUCGAAAUUUGGCAGGAGUUCGCUUACAACAACCUGGUCAAAUCCCCGCCGGACUAUUUUUUCAGGAAAGGUGAAUGCUAUUGAGUGAGCAAAUGUCCACUGAUAUCAGUAGCGGGCAGCCUAUUUCUGAUAGCCCAUUCUAUUCAGUUACCAUGGAACAUCUGUUCUUUGAAUAAUUCAAAUAAUAUUUGAAAACUGGGAUUCCCAUAUAAAUUGCUGUAAAGCAUUAUUAUUUAUGCAUUUAAACGCCGCUAAAGACCAGAGUGACAGUUUCCGAACGCCAUUUUUGAUUGAGAACUUGAGAAUUAAUUUCUGCUCACUUUCAAAUUCACUGUUUCCGCUGGGUUUUACCGAGGAAGCGGGUGGUUUCAAAAAACGCGGACUUUACCAUUUGUUUUAAUCCCCAAGAAUAAAUGUCCGUUAUUUCUCCAACCAUCAGAGAAGAGGUUUAUGGAUACUGUGAUGAAAGUACAGAGUGACGAGCCUGUUGUUGGACAGAGGGUGUCGCUCGUGUCGGGUUAUAACAGCUCCAUUUAUUAAUGGCACUGCAGUUGUGUGAAGCCUACAUGGGAAUAAGUGGGAAGGACGUGAGUGGGCUAUCUGAUGGUCCUGAAUGAGGAGUGUUGUGGACGGACAGGCUAAGUUAGGGUCCUGAGUGAGGAGUGAUGUGGAGGGACAGGCUAAGUGAGGGUCCUGAGUGAGGAAUGAUGUGGAGGGACAGGCUAAGUGAGGGUCCUGAGUGAGGAGUGAUGUGGAGUGGCAAUCUGAGUGAGGGUCCUGAGUGAGGAGUGAUGUGGAGGGACAGGCUGAGUGAGGGUCCUGAGUGAGGAGUGAUGUGGAGGGACAGGCUGAGUGAAGGUCCUGAGUGAGGAGUGAUGUGCAGGGACAGGCUGAGUGAGGGUCUUGAGUGAGGAGUGAUGUGGAGGGGCAGGCUGAGUGAGAGUCCUGAGUGAGGAGUGGAAUGAGGCAGGCGGAUGCACUUUGUGAAACAUCCGCAACUUUGAACAGGCUUCCGUUUUCAAGCACGUUUGACAUUUUUAGACUAACGAAAGGAGGGACCAGUGGUUAUGUACAGUACCCCACAAUUUAUACCACUAGGAAUGCCGCAAGUUCGCUAAUUGUCUUCACGAAGGUUCAAACAGGAAUCCGAAUUAUUCUGCUAGUUUUAAAUAUUCUAAGCUAUACGAAUUAUUUCUCUUUUACUUCACUAUCACAUGUUCUGCAUCAAAUUCCGGGCAGAGCAUCGUGUCCGCAGCUCCCACGCGACAAGCACGAAUUCUGUGCAAGGAGAGUUGCAGAAACAGGCCAUUAUGUACGAUAAAUUAUCCCGCGUCAUUAAAGUCUUUUGACAUGUCUGCUAGAUUCUCCAUUCACGUGUGACAAUGUGGUGGAAAUAUUGCAAUUGUUGUCUGUUGUAACAUUUCAUUAAUAAAUGUAAUUGGGUAGAAAAAUGUUUAGUUAUCAAUCCAUGAGAGCCCGUUGGCAUAAGGCGUUGCAAUUUUAAUGUUGCAUAUGAAAUAUUUAGUUCGGAAACAUUGUUUUUAUUUACAAAAUUGAGACUAACAAUUUCAAACGUAGUGGACUGGUAAUGUGUAAAUUCUGAUAGGAGGCAUUAAAACCAGUGGCUAAAGUGAA